AUUCCGACUGCUUGAAUUCCCCUGGAACAACGACACCAUGGCAGAAGACACCGCCAACUCCCCGCCGGACUCUCACAUUGACCACGAGGCAGCCAUCAACUACUGGUCAUCAGUCACCCCGGACCUCAAUGGUAUCCUCGGCGGCUACCCCCAGCUCUCUCAGAUCGACCUGCGCGGGUCGAAAAGUUUUCUUGCAAAGGUCCGUCGAUCAAUUCCCUCCAUGGAAUCCAAGCCACUCCAAUUAGCUGUCGAUUGCGGUGCUGGUAUCGGUCGCAUCACCGACGGUUUUCUGAGUAAACAAUGUGAUAUGGUGGACGUUGUCGAGCCGGUGGAAAAAUUUGCAAAGGUUAUUCGCGAUGGGAAAUUAAAGCAAGAAGGGAAGAUUGGCGAUAUAUAUGUGGUAGGAUUGCAGGAUUGGGUCCCGACGAAGAAAUACGAUUUGAUUUGGAACCAGUGGUGCCUGCUGCAUCUGACGGAUGCACAGUUGGUAGAGUACCUUGACCGGUGCCGCGAUGCGCUCUCGGACGCGGGCUUGAUUGUGGUGAAAGAGAAUAUCAAUUCGAAUCCAUAUGAAGAUUUUUAUGAUGAUACGGAUAGCUCUGUUACACGGGCGGAGCAAAACUUUAGGAAAUUGUUUGCUCGGGCGGGAUAUGAAGUCGUGCGAUCUGAGGAGCAGCUGGGCUUCCCUAAGCGGCUGGGACUAUAUCCGGUGAUGAUGUACGCGCUCCGCCCUAAGAAUGAAUAGCGAUUGGAAGAGUCAUCACCCAAUUCGUCGAACCCAUGGCAUCACAGAAACGCCUGAUGAAACCGUUCGUAAAGGGGAGGGGGAAACAAAAUACGACAAUCCAAUUGCCGAUGUAAAUCUGCGACAUGAUGAAAUGACCUGUCCUAAGCUUGCAGAAUGACCCGGAAUAAAGCUGUAAAGGCACGGAAAUCCCUGCUAACGCCCUUCAAACGCCCUUGCGGAUAGAGUACACAAGACGAGUGCAAAGAAAAAGGACAUAUGUCCCCGCCG